CUGGAUAUUUCCCCUCUCACCAUAGAGCACUUCCCUAACCACCCUGCAUAAGCUCCUAAGGACCUCAGGAGACAAGCGCAUUUCCACAAGUCUCUCUUUCAGUAUUUCCGGUUCCCAGGUAACCCAGGCUCCUUAGCUUGACAGUUACCAUGGCUCCGAUCGCUGUACGUCAUUCUCCGGCGCUGGAUGAUGACGUAAUCAGUUCCGGCGCUCUCCUAGGGCGGGGGAGCAAGGUAUAGGAGAAAACUUAGCUAUUAGUGUAGCAGGGUCAUGAAGAAGAGGCGGCGGCGGGAGAUCCCGGGCGGUGGCUGGGGCGCGCAAUUGCGGUAGCUGGCCGCUGGGCUGGUGGUGUGGCUUUGUGAGAAGGGCGUAGUUCCUAAAGCCCUCUCGGGGCAGCGGCCGGGGCUCGGGGCUGCGAGCGGCCCUGGGGCCGCCUCCCCGGGCCCCCUGGCUCCGCCAUGUUCCGCAGGGCACGCCUUAGCGUGAAGCCGAAUGUCAGGCCCGGAGCAGGCGCCAGGGCCUCCACCGCCCCCAAUUCCCAGCGUGAACAAGAAGCUCCAAGGCCGCAGGAGCCUGCCGCGGCCUCUGCUCCGAAGCCUCCGGAAUCCACAGAUGUGCCCCCGGUGGAUUUCGGGGAAGCGGAGCCCCAAGACAAGACUCCCAAGAGCAGUGUUGAAAAGACUGAUGAUGGGAAGGAUGUUGAAGAAUCCAGUAAGCCUUCCUUUACUGUUUCACAGAAAAGAAAGCGAAUACCAAGUACUUCUAGUCUGGUCAAACCUAGUGUCAGUGUUCCUUCAGAACCUCAUCCUUUAUCUACAGUUAAUCAAGAAGCUCCACAGCCAAACCCUGUUCCAACAAAAGAGAAACAGCCAUGUUCAGACAGAUACCGAAUAUACAAAGCCCAGAAACUGAGGGAAAUGUUAAAAGAAGAAUUGAGGAAAGAGAAGAAGCAAUGGAAAAACAAGUAUGCCGUAAAUGAAACUCAAAGGCCACCGGAUCGUUCCAAAAUGACUAUGAGAGACUUCAUAUAUUAUCUGCCAGAAAGCAAUCCAAUGACCUCUUCACUGGAGCAGGAAAAGAAAACUGAAAAAUCAUCGACACCAGUCCGAACACGAGAUAGGCAAGAAAGCAAGACUACUCCUGAUGGUGAAGAUAACGACGAAGUAGAAGAAGAGUUGGAUGAGGGGCCCUUGCUGGUUCCUCGAGUAAAAGUGGCAGAAGAUGGUUCUAUUAUUUUGGAUGAAGAAAGUUUAACUGUAGAAGUUUUAAGGACAAAAGGUCCCUGUGUUGUUGAGGAAAAUGACCCCAUAUUUGAGCGUGGUUCUACAACUACAUAUUCCAGCUUUAGGAAAAGCUACUACUCUAAACCAUGGUCAAAUAAAGAGACAGAUAUGUUUUUUUUAGCCAUCAGCAUGGUAGGAACUGACUUUUCUAUGAUUGGACAGCUUUUUCCUCACAGAGCAAGAAUAGAAAUUAAGAAUAAAUUUAAACGUGAAGAGAAAACAAAUGGAUGGAGAAUAGACAAAGCAUUCCAGGAAAAGCGCCCUUUUGACUUCGAUUUUUUUGCUCAUUUGCUUCAGAAAGUUCUUGCCGAAGAAGAGAAAAGAAAACAAAAAUCUGUUAAAAAUCAGAGUUCAAAGGAGAAGAAGUCCUCUAAAUCACGGAAAAAUGUAAAAGUGAAAAAAGUUGCUAAUGAUGAUCGAGAUGAGUCUGUGAGCACUAAAAUUUCAAACUCAGGAAGGUCGCAAAAGGAUGCUCAGACAGUUGAAGAAGAACUGCAGUCUCUGACUUUAUCUGAACAGGAUUCAGAACAGAAUGCAUUAGACGUAAAUCAAAAGAAAAGAAGAAGAAAGAAUCAGGGUGAAGGUAGUGAACAAGAAGUGCAUCUCUCAGGAAGUGCCACUGUUCAGCCAGGCUCUUCUAAAGGAGAAAAACACAAAAAUAAAGGCCUGUCUUUAAGUCCUGAGAUUAAUGAAAAUGAAUCCAGUAAGGAACAAGAGCUUCCCUGUGUACAGGACACAGAUGACCUUGUGGGUUUAUCCUCUAGUGAAGACGCUGAGAAAAGAACUGACCCUAUUCUUUCAUCAAGUCAACAAGAUGUCAUAUCAGUAGCAACUGAGACUGCAGAAUCAAACACUUCAGACUUGCCUUCAUCAGAAGGUGGAGUUAGAGCAUUGUGUGAGGUGAAUAGUGCUGAGAGUAGUUGUACAGAAGAAAGAGAUGUUGACCUAAAAGAUAAAUCACUGGAACCUGAUCAAACAGAAACUAUUAAACCAAUGACAAGAGGACGACUCCAGAGACCUAAACCCAAUUUAUCGAGGGCAGUUGGGAAGAAAUCAGUUCUUUCACGAGGUAAAACAGAUGCAGAGGACAAGAGUUUACAUAAAGAAACUCCUGUUGAAAAGAGCCCCAUGGAAAAGGAUGGUAUUUCUGGAAUGGAGAAUACAGAGAAAGGGAACCGAGAACCUGACACUGUAUCUAAUUUGAGUGAAAAAACUUGUCUGCAGGAAGAUGAUCAACCAAAGGCUUUCAGACCUGCACGGCUAAUGCGGGGCUUAUUACAAAGGCCGAAACCAAAUGUAGGUAAAGCUGCUGAAAGAAAAGGAACUCUUACAUCACAGGAAAAGCCCGGUGCCAGUAUAGAAAAGAAUGAAAAUGAAUCCUGCAUCAACAGAAAUACUCCUGAACAGAUAGAAGAUCAAUCAUGUAAAAAUUUUGAGUGUGAAGACAUUGCAUCACUACCUGAAAAAAAAGACAGUUCCUUUCAGAAUGUGCAGUCAGAUGAGCCCAAGGCUGUUAAUGAAUGUCUGAGUAUUCAGGAGGAUAAUAGAGCAAAUAAAGAUGUUCGAAUUCCAAAGACUCGAUUUCAGAAACCAAAGCCAAAUAUAGGGAGGAGAACUGGAAGAAGAGGAAUUUCCUCAAAGGAAGAGGUACCAAAGGAGGUAAUUGCCUCUGAGGAGAUGACAGCAGCUUUGAGAGAAACUGCAACACUGGAAACCUCACUAAGGGAGAAGGAACCUGUGGAGACUAAUACUACUAAGGAAAUGGAGUCAGAUUUAAAAGAAAUUGGAAGAAAAGACAUCUCUUCCAGGGAUAUAAUGCCAGAAAUGAGUGAUGUCGCUGUGGAAAUGGAGACAGAUUUGAAAGAAACUGAGAAAAAUGACAUCUCUCUCAGGGAAAAAAUGCCAGAAAUAAGUGAUGUCACUGUGGAAAUGAAGACUGAUUUGAAGGAAACCGAAAAAAAUGACAUCUCUCCCAUGGAGAAGAUACCAGAAAUGAUUGCUGUCAUUGCAGAAAUGGAAACAGAUUUGAAAGAAACUGAAAAAAAUGACAUCUCUCCCAGGGAGAAAAUACCAGAAAUGAGUGAUGUCACUGCAGAAAUGGAGACAGAUUUGAAAGAAACUGAAAAAUAUGACAUCUCUCCCAGGGAGAAAAUGCCAGAAAUGAGUCCUAUCAUUGCAGACAUGGAGACAGAUUUGAAAGAAACUGGAAAAAAUGACAUCUCUCCCAGGGAGACAGUACCAGAAAUGAUUGAUGUCACUGCAGAAAUGGGGACAGAUUUGAAAGAAACCGGAAAAAAUGACAUCUCUCCCAGGGAGGAAAUACCAGAAAUGAGUGAUGUCACUGUGGAAAUGAAGACUGAUUUGAAAGAAGUUGGAACAAAUGACAUCCCUCCCAGGGAGAAAAUGCCAGAAAUGAUUGAUGUCACUGCAGAAAUGGGGACAGAUUUGAAAGAAACCGGAAAAAAUGACAUCUCUCCCAGGGAGGAAAUACCAGAAAUGAGUGAUGUCACUGUGGAAAUGAAGACUGAUUUGAAAGAAGUUGGAACAAAUGACAUCCCUCCCAGGGAGAAAAUGCCAGAAAUGAUUGAUGUCACUGCAGAAAUGGGGACAGAUUUGAAAGAAACCGGAAAAAAUGACAUUUCUCCCAGGGAGGAAAUACCAGAAAUGAUUGGUGUCUCUGUGGAACUAGAGACAGAUUCGAGAGAAACUGGAAAAAAUGACAUUUCUGCCAGGGAGAAAAUGCCAGAAAUGAGUGAUGUCACUGCAGAAAUGGAGAUAGAUUUGAAAGAAACCAGAAGAGAGAUUUUCCCAGGGGAGGAGAUAACAGUGGUGACUGAGGCCACAGAGGAAAGAAAGACAGAUUUGGAAGAGACUGAAAGAAGAGAAAUGUCCCUAGAGGAAAAUGUCCCAGAGGAAGUUGAUAGUAUUUGUGAGGUAGAAACAGAUUUGAAAAAAACUGAGAGAGAAAUUUCCCCAAAUGAGGAGAUAGCAGAGAUGCCUGAUGCUGCUGAGGAAGUAGAGACAGGUCUAGAAGAAACUGAUAGAAGAGAAAUAUCUACACAAAAAAAUGCCUCAGAGGUCAAAACUGUAGGUGAUGAAAUGGAUAUAGAUUUGAAAGAAAUUGGAAUAGAAAUUUCCCCAAGGGACAAGAUAUUAUUGGGGAUCAGUGCCACAGGGGAAAGAGAGACUGAUGUGGAAGAAACUGGGCAGACAGACAUUUUCCUGAUGGAGAAAGCAUCAGCAAAGGUGGCUGCCACUGAGGAAAUAGAGGCAGAUUUGAGAGACACUGGAAAAGAAAUUUCCGUGACGAAAAGCAGAUCAGAAGAGAUCGAGAAAAGCGUGGCAGAUUUGAAAAACGUAGAAAAAAUAGACAUUUCCCUAAGGGAAAAAGAACCAGAGGAGACUGGGACCUCAAGUCGAGCUGAGGCAGAUCCCUUGCAGGCCAGCAGUGGUGACUCCAGCACUGUGCCUUCACUGACUGAGAGAGACUUGGGCAGGGAAGUGCUAUCUGCUGUGGUUCAUACAUCUGUAGAAGAAAAAAAUUCUGAAAAGGAAGUGUCAAGUCAGUUGAGUCAUUUGAACAUUUCUUCUCAGUCUUCUGAACUUGAUAAAAUAGAAGACCAGAGGAAGCGACCUCCAAGUGUUCCAGAGCAGUUUUCAGAUGUUAAUAUAAGCAAAUCUCUUCCUCAAGAACAGACACCAUGUGAAGUUAAGCUGACACCCUUUGUGAGAAGUAGAUUCAAAAGACCUAAACCAAACUUAGCAAGAGCAGCUUCAAAAAGAGAGACUACGAAAGCAGAAAAGCAUGCACCUGGGAAGGAGGUGGAAGCUGAUGAAACAGAGACGGUUGUGAUACAGCAGAACUGUGAACAAAUGAGUACUCUCCCUUCUCAACUUGAUGUGGCUUCUCUAAUGACAUCAAGAGAGAAAGACAAAUUAGAUCACGGUCCAGAGGAGACUGUGAUAUUACCAUGUGUGCAGACUGAAAAGGACCUUUCACCUUUGAGUUCUUGUGAAUCUAAAGAGGAGUCUCAGUCUACACAAGCCCAGGAAAAGAAAUUAGUUGUCUCUAUGGGGACUCAUAAUAUAAACACUUUUGAACAAGGAAUAAAGGAAAGGGUUAUCCAAUCUGCUCCACUAGUAAGGGGUCGACUUCAGAGACCCAGACCAAACUUAAGAAAGGUGGGCCAGAGGCAAGUAAUAGAAAAAAGUGAAACCAAAGAAACAACUAAGGAAGAAAAGACGCUACAAAAAGAUGAAACUGGAGAGAAAUUCCUGACUGUGCCAAAUUCUCAAAUUGCAACUGAAAUUGAAGUUGUAUCCUCUGAAGUGUCAGAAGGCAGAAUGUCUGAAAACCAGAGCCACGUUCUUUUAGAAAAUGUUCAUAUUAACAAAGUAGAUAUUUUAGAUGAAAAGAUGAGACAUGGACAUGAAACGUAUGUUCCUAGUCCACCACAAAUGAUAGGAAGACAGUUCCAAAGGGCUAAGCCAAAUUUGGGAAGAGCACAAAGUAAGAAAGAAGCAUCAGACGUAGAAGAGGACAGAGCAGACCAGAGGAAGGCAAGGAAGCCAGAAGAUAGUUUGUCGCAGCAUGAAGGUUCUGACAGCCGGCUUCUUCCGAAAGGAAAACCUGAGUUUCUGACAUCUCUGGAGGUUUCAGCAAGAAAAGAUUCUGUAGGUUCCGAGGAGACUGAAUUGGCAAAAAAAGAUGCUCAAUCAGAAGUUGAACCAUCUGGGAGUGUUGGAGAGAAGACUGGAGAGGAUAAUUCUGUGUGUGCAGUUGUGGAAAAGCGGUGUAUCAGUAAACCGAGCUCCCCUCAAUUGUUAAAAGAACCAGAUAACUCUAAAAUUGCUCUGGAUCGAAGAAGAGCGCUCUCUUCUGCCUCUGAGCGUGAGAUAGAUCAUAGUAGAAGGAGAGUACGUCGAAAGGUUAAACCGAGCAUCCCUAAAGGGCGUGGCUCAAAACGAAGUCGGAGUAAGACUUCUAAGAAGGAACCCAGAGCUUCCAGGUCUGUGCUGGUGACUCUUCGAGCUUCCCAGGAAGCAGACGAAGAUGAUGGUGAAGACUUUGAGUCUGACUACGAAGAAGAAAGCUAUCAUCUUGCUCCUGAAGAAGUAAACAAAGCUCCAGUAUUUGUACCUAUUGGUCUCAGAUCUCCUGAACCUGUUCCUGUUCAGAUUGAGGAAACUAUGGAAGAGCUUGUAAUCCCCACGAAUGUCACAGAUGUAGGAUGCAUAACUGUUGUUGAACAUCAACUUUCAUCAAACGUGGAUGUGAUUCCUCAAGAAAUGAGACAAGAAGAAAAUUUGAAUGCAGUAUCAGUUGAAAUGACCAUAGGUGAACAUUCCCAAGCUGAAACAGAAAGUGCCAACGAUGGCAGCACUGAAGCUGCCAUAACCCUACUGACUAUGGGAGAUCUGGUGUUGCAGUCAGAGAUUGGCCCAGAACAGAGUGAUGGAAUAUGUAUACUUCCUGAUGCUCAUUCAAUCGAUCAGAGCCAUAUUCCUUUUAGCUCAGAUAAUGUAAAUCUCAAAAUUGUUCAUGACUGUCAAGAACCUUCUUCACCUGGCCAUGAUACAUCUCCAUCAGUAGAACAAAACAAGAUUGUAUUGGAUGUGGAUAAACAGAAUACUAAAGAAGAAAUUGGUUUGACAGAAGUAAAGGAGAACACUACAUCAUCCAGGACUACAACUUCUGAAGUGACCAAUAAUGUGAGAAAAAGAAGUAGAUUUGCCAAGCCCAAGCCAAAUCUUAAGAAGAUUUUAGGGACCAAGAGAUUUGGUGCUCAUCAGAAAGUUCCUAGUUUGUUUGUAACUAAAGGAGAAGAAGUGGAAAUUCAAAGAGAAACUGAGAAAAAUGCUUCUCAAGAAACAGAAUUAGAAGAUAAAAACCUAGGGUCGGUUACGGCAACAGAGAGUACAGAGCAGAGCAAAGUGGCAUCUGCACAUGGUGUUGAAGAGACCAGUAUUUCACAAGAAGCUCACCUAACUGAAAGAGGUGAAGAUCAAGAAGGGAGAUCUGAAGAAGUUCCGAUAUCAUCAGUUGCUCCCGCUGUCUCUUCUGAGUCAGGGCCCCACACAGGCGGUCUGGGCAUGGGUCUUGGUGAGAGUUCUGUUGAAGAGCCUCUGGGAAAGGACUUUAACGGAGAUCCUGUGCUCACACUAAAUGUGCCAGAGUGUAUACCAACUAGUAUUCCAGAAGUCCAGCAAGAGAAUGUAAAUGAUCUUCAAGACAUAACAGUCAAUCUAGUUAAUGUACAUCAGGAUGGUGAGGAUGAACAAACUUUCAUCUUAACUCUGGUGGAAAUCCCAGAAGAAUAUGCUGAUAGCACUAUGCAGUUAAUGCCAAAUCCUUUACUGCCGGCGCCCAUAUUGGUCAAAUCAAUGAAUACAAAAGAAAGAGAAGACACGAGUAUCAGUUUUCCAGUAACUUCAGUUGGUCAAGAUCACAUGUGUUUAUCUAAUUCUGAAAGAGAUGAUUCAGAAAAGUCUGCUGCUAAUUUGACUCUUGUAUCUAGGAAGAGAUAUCAUUGUAGCGUUGAUGAAAGUGACCAUGUCCCUCCUGCCAAAAAAACUUCGCUCACUUCAAUAGAUGAUUGUCAAAAAUAUACCUCUGAGGUGUGUUCAAAGGAAUUAAAAAAUGUUUUGGAGGAAACAGGGGAGUCUUACAAGGGACAGGAUAUCUUCCCUACCUCAGGAAACAUACAGACAAUUUCAGAACCUCAGAAAGAGGAACUUGAACCAACUUCUCAGAGUAUCAGAUCUGGAUCUCUUGAUAAAAUAACAGAUACACAAGAAAAGGAUGCAUCUCAGUUACCUCAGGAUGAGAUGAUGGUGUCUGGUAAGGAAGAAAGAACUUGUGCUGCUUCUGAGUCUGAACAAAUGGGCAGCAUCACAUCGUCUUCGAAACCCCCCCUAACCAGACCUGGCAGAAGACCCCUGGGAUUUUUGUCUUUACUAUGUUCAAAGAAUAGCUUGGACUCUGAUGAACCUACACAGGUUCAUAGUAAGAAACGCCUAAAACCUGUUAUACCUGUAUCAAGACAAAAUUUGAAAAGAUGUAAUCUGCCUAGUGUAAGCCAGAAAAAAACUCAAGAGUCCUCUGAUGUUCCAUCUCCAAGUGUUGUUGACAAUACUCAACAUACGAAUAAUGCUAGUUCAGCAACUCAGGUUUCUCAUAAUCGUCCCUUACUGAAAGGAGAAUGUAAAGGUGGCCAAAACCGGGUACCUGAAGAGGAGCCAACCACAGUCUCUGAAUAUUUCUUUAAUGAUAUCUUUAUUGAAGUGGAUGAAACAGAAUAGAAAGUCGCCUUUUUUAUUUUUUUUUUUAAGUCUGAGAUUUCCAGAAUCAGUUAUAUCAACAAAGCAGUAUUUAGAAAGAAGCAUUACUGGCAGUUUUUCUUUAGGUUGAUUUUCAGUAUUUAUUCAGCUUGAUUUGAAGCUUUUAUAAUCCGUGAAGAACAUUGCUGGGGUCCUUUUCAUUCUGAUUGGCUCAGCAUUUUGGAAAUAUCAACCAGUUAAGACUGCUUUCUCAGACAGAAAUAACAGGUCUUGUUUACAUUUUGACUUCUUUCUGUAUUGAACACACAUGAACAUCCUCGAAUGUUGUGGAUAAUGUCUGUGUAAGUCACAGUGCUGAUGUAUUUGGAAGUGGAUUGUAUUUAACGUUUAGCAAACCUUUUGUGAAGGUUUUUUUAUGUUUACUUAGGGUUUUUUGUUUUUGUUUUAGGAUUUUGGGGGGUUUGGGUGUUUUUUUUUAAUUUUGGUUUUUUAGUAUGGUGAAAGCCUUUUCAUUUGCCUCUAAAUAUAUGAAAGAAAAUUGUGAAACUCCAGUUUAGUAUGGUAACUGUUAAAAACUUUUCUAUUAUCAUCUAUUUGACUGAAAAAUGUGUAUUUUUCUAAUUCAUAUUGAUGUAACAUUAGUCCUAAUUGAAGAGCUAGUAUUUAAACUUACUAUUUAUAAAGAUAAAACAUCAAAAAGCUUAUUUAUUUUUAAAUUUUUUAUUUAAAAGAAUAUUCAGUUUUAAUUUUUUACCCCUGAGAUUAUGGGUAAAGAAGGCAUUAACAAAUUUAUGUUUGUCUCCUUUCCCUCUUUAAUUUUAAAGAUAUUUAAAGUGAUAUAACUAAAGUAUUUGGAUAGUAUAUAUGUUUGAAUACAUUUUUUUGUCAUAGUUCAGUAUAUUGACUUUGUACUGUGAAUUUUUUGUUUUUCUUAUUUCUUAGAUAAUCUCAGGAUUUGUAUGGGAAAAAAAAAAAACCCUUAACCUUAUUUAUGAGGCAAAUUUCCAUACAAAACUCAGCCUCCAUUACAUAAACAUAUGCUCACAUACACACAUUCCUUUUUUAAAAAACAGUUUCUUAUCUUCUUUCCCCCAUUAAAUUCUCCUUAAGGACCUAAGUAUGUAGGUCUUUACGGACAGAACAUAAUUGACAUGUUAAAAACAGAAAAUAAGAUAACAAUAAGCCUUUAUUAAGUCAGUGAUUAUCAUCAAUAUGAAUUUAUGGGUUGGGUUUAAAUUUUGAGAUUUUGUGAUUUACGUAGAUAAUUCCUUUAUCCACCCAAGCAAAUCUUUAGGGUUCAAAUUAAACUUCUGAGAAAACAGAAUUAUUCUUUUAUAUGAAAAGCCCUCUGAGUUGAUAAUACCUUGGAUCAGGAAUCAGAAACAUUUUCUGCAAAAAUAUUUUCAAAUUCGUGGGCCAGAUGCCUUCUGUGGUAACUACUCAACUCUGCCAUUUCAGUAUGAAAAUAGCCGCAGACAAUACUUAUAUGAUGGCCAUAGAUGGAUUGACCCCUGUAUUAGACAGUAGUUUUCUUACCUUAAGGUGCUGAUGUCAUUACCUAUGAGAUAUUUGUCCCUGGAAUUAUGAGUUGUGCCUAACAAUGAAAACUGUUGACUGCAUUAUGAAAUCAGUAUUUCAGUUGGGAAGAAUUUUAAUGUCUAAUUAUGUUUGUAAAUGGAAAAAAUGGUGACCAGUUUUCAGGUUAACUAGUAAAACUGGAUUUGGCUUGGCAAGUAUAACAGUAAUCCUAAUUUAUUAAAACAGUUGAUAUUAGAACAUUUCUUAUUCAUUGCCUUAUAAUGAAAUUUACAGUUUAAACUUUUUUGUCAUAAAGGAGGAUUUGAAGGAAAUUCUCUAUAGAUAUGCAUUUAUUUAUUUCAUGUGAUUAAUAUAAGAAUCAUGGUCGUAAAUCACAUUGCUAUUUUAAAUGCCAUUUUUAUAAAUUUUAAAAGUCUCAUAUUCUGAAAAGGUUUCUUUAGUUCAUGUUAGUUUAGGUGUUAGGUUGUCAUAGCUAAACUAUGAUUUUAUCCCUUGUUUAAUAUCACUUUAAAUUUGUUAACAUCUGUCUCUUGUUCAUCUACAAUGAGUCAAUUUGUAGAAGAUGUAGCUUCUUACUGUAGAAAGGGUAAUUUUAUCUUUGGGCAUUCACUGCAUUAGAGAAUCAAGUCAGCUAAAUUUUCCUGCUGUUGUAUUCUUAAAACUACUCUUAGAAAAAGAAAAUCAGUGUAUUUACGUUACAAGAGGGGAGGACUUGUUCACACCUGUGUUUAAUCUGACUCUUAUAAAGAUCAUGUGAAGAAUUUGUAUUUUAUAAAUUUUCAAAGAGAUAUGAUUAAAGGUCUUUAUUUUUUUCUUGACUUUUCCUCCUGAGCACUUAUAUCUUAGCAAGUGAUCAACAUGAUGACUUAAAAGCCUAAUUGUUGGUAAAAUGAUUGAGGCACAGAUAAAAAUAUGAAUAUCCACUGCUUACCACCAUGUUUUUUGAAAUAUAGGUCACCAUGUAUACUGUCUUGCUUGAAGAAGUCUUUGACAAAAAGCAAUAUCUGUCAUUGUAAAUUUUCUUGUUCUAAAGAAAGCAGUUAUAUUCUGUAGAUGUAAAUUAUGUAAAUAAAAAUUAUUUUAUAUUA